AUGCACCGCGGGGCUGCCGCGGUCCAGGGCAGUGGCCCGCCUCAGGAUGGAGAGCAGCCCGCGGAGUCUCCAGAGCCUCCGCCGCCGUGGCCGCCGCCUCCGCCGGCUCCUCCGCCGCUUCAUGCACCUUCGCCAGAACCGGCACCAGAGCCCUGUCCAGAGCCUGCUCCAGGAUUCUGCCCGGACGCGACCCCAGAACCAGCUACAGAACCAGACGCAGAACGGAGUCCAGAACCUGCCACAGAGCCGGCCCCAGAGCUGGCCCCAGAUCCAGCCACACAGCGGGUUUCAGGGCUUGCCCCAGAACCUGCCCCUGGGCUGGUCCCCAAACCGGCCUCAGAGCUGAUCCCAGAACCUGCCAUAGAGCCAGCCUGGGGCCUGGCCCCUGAACCGGUUCUAAAGCUAACCCCAGAAGUGGCCCCAAAGCCCAUCUCAGAACCUGCCACACAGUCGGCCUCAGAGCCAACUCUAGCACCUGCCAUAGAGUCAGCCCAAGAGUCCUGUCCGAAGCCAAGUCCAGCACCAUGUUUAUUGCAAUGUCCGGUGGUCGAUCGGGACAGAAGUCCAAAGACCUCGCCGUUUCCAUCGCCUCAGAUGCCAGUGUCGUGGUCCAGAAUAAAGAAAAUACUGAAGGAAGGACCUUUGCUGAAGAAUUGUAACUCCCUCAAGAGAUGGAAACUUAGAUAUUUUCUGAUUCAAGGACAAAAACUCUACUUUGCACACCACCCUGCGUUUGCGCACUUUGAAACAAUUGAUCUGUCUCAAGUAACCUUAGCCGAAAGCAGUUGUAGAAACCUUUGCCACAGUUUUUGUGUUAUCACACCACAACGAAAAGUCACCCUGGCAGCACCAAACCGAAAAGACAUGGAAGAAUGGAUCAAUGUCAUUAAGACUGUCCAACAAGGAGAAAUUCGUAAGAUACCUAUAGCAGAAAACAACCCUUUCCUUGUUGGAAUGCACUAUUGGUAUUCCAGCCACAGUUCCAGGACACAGCAUUGCAAUAUUUGCCGAGAGAGCAUUCCUGCCUUAUCUCGAGAUGCCAUUAUCUGUGAAGUGUGCAAAGUGAAAUCUCACAGAUUAUGUGCUUUGAGAGCAAGCAAAGACUGCAAAUGGAACACCUUAUCCAUCACUGAUGACCUUCUUCUGCCUGCAGAUGAGGUGAGCAUGCCUCAUCAAUGGGUAGAAGGAAACAUGCCUCUCAGCUCUGAAUGUGCAGUAUGUCAUGAGAGCUGUGGCAGUUACCAACGACUUCAAGACUUCCGCUGUCUCUGGUGCAAUUCUACGGUGCAUGACAGCUGUCGGAGACGGUUUUCCAAGGAAUGUUGCUGCGGAAGCCAUCGCUCAUCAGUCAUUCCGCCCACUGCUCUCAGUGACCCCAAAGGCAAUGGACAAUUAGUAGUAUCUCCAGACUUCUGGAAUCUUGAUUGGUCAUCUGCCUGUUCAUGCCCUCUUCUCAUCUUCAUCAACUCCAAAAGCGGUGAUCAUCAAGGGAUCGUUUUCCUCCGAAAAUUCAAGCAAUAUCUAAACCCGUCUCAAGUAUUUGAUCUAUCAAAGGGUGGACCUGAAGCAGGACUGUGCAUGUUCAAGAACUUUGCUCGCUUUCGUGUUCUGGUUUGUGGUGGAGAUGGCAGCGUGAGCUGGGUCCUAUCCUUGAUGGAUGCCUUUGGGUUGCAUGAUAGGUGUCAGCUGGCUAUCAUCCCACUUGGAACCGGUAAUGAUCUGGCACGUGUCCUUGGCUGGGGUGCAUUCUGGAGUAAAAACGAGUCCCCUUUGGACAUCCUCAACAGAGUGGAGCAGGCCAGUGUGAGGAUACUAGACAGAUGGAGUGUGAUGAUCCGUGAGACUCCCAAGCAAAGCCCAUUGCCAAAAGGACAGGUUGAAAUGGACAUCCCACAAUUUGAGGCUGCUGCCAUCCAACACUUAGAAUCUGCAAGCACCGAGUUGAACAAAAUCCUGAAGGCCAAGUACCCCACAGAGAUGAUCAUUGCAACCAGAUUCUUGUGCUCAGCAGUGGAAGAUUUUGUGGCUGAUAUUGUAAAGGCCUGGAGUCGAAUCAAACAGAACAAUACAGCAAUAGAGUCUGUGAUUUUGAAAAGUGACUUAAUGUUUGAUAAGCUGAGUGUCCUGAUUGAUGUCCUGUCGGAGGAUGCAUCAGCUACCUCUGUUAAGAAAGGAACUACAGUAUAUGCAGACAGUGGAAAGGCAGAUGGAAAGCCCUUCAUCCCUCAAAUGGAUCACAUAGCCAAGUCCAAGUUGGAGUUGGCCACAAAGGCCCAGAAUCUCCAGAAAUCUUUGAAACUCAUCAUAUUCCAGGUUGAACAAGUUCUGGAUGAAGAAAGCAGACAGACCUUAUCAGUCAAGAACUUUACUUCCACUUCAACUUUCCUCCUGGAAGAAGACUCAGAGAGUAUUAGCCAGACAAGCCCACGGCACCGUUCUCGGUGUCGUGGUACUUUGUCUUCUAUAUCGUCUCUCCAAAGUGAGGACCUAGACAACCUUGACUUAGAACACUUACAUUUUACACCGGAAACUCUACGCUUCAAAGAAAAGUGUGUCAUGAACAACUACUUUGGGAUUGGACUGGAUGCUAAAAUUUCUCUGGAGUUCAAUACCAGAAGAGAUGAACACCCAGGACAACAUAAUAGCCGCCUUAAGAACAAAAUAUGGUACGGCCUUCUGGGAAGCAAGGAACUUCUGCAGCGCUCUUACAGGAAACUGGAAGAACGAGUGCGCUUGGAGUGUGAUGGAGAAGUCAUCUCAUUGCCAAACCUGCAAGGCAUCGUAGUGCUCAACAUUACCAGCUAUGCUGGAGGUAUCAAUUUCUGGGGAAGCAACACAGCAACCACAGAAUAUGAGGCUCCUGCAAUAGACGAUGGGAAGCUGGAAGUUGUGGCAAUCUUUGGUUCUGUGCAGAUGGCGAUGUCCCGAAUCAUCAACCUGCAUCAUCAUCGCAUUGCCCAGUGCCACGAGGUAAAGAUAACCAUUGAGGGAGAAGAAGGUAUCCCAGUGCAGGUGGAUGGGGAAGCCUGGGUUCAGAGGCCAGGCCUUAUCAAGAUUAAAUACAAGAAUGCUGCCCAAAUGCUGAUGAGAGAUCAGGACUUUGAGAAUUCAAUGAAGACAUGGGAGUGCAAGCAUACUGAAAUUCAGGCUGCCUUGCAACCCCAGCUGGGUUCCCAGGAAUCACAAGAUAGCCUCUCUGAUGAGGAACAUGCCCAGAUGCAGCACUUAGCUCAGCUUGCAGAAAAUCUCAUCAGCAGACUUAAUGACCUGAGCAAGGUCCACCAGCAUGUGUCUGUCCUCAUGGAUUCUGUGAAUGCCAGUGCCAACAUCUUGAAUGAUGUAUUUUAUGGCCAAGACAGUAGCAAUGAGGCAGGUGCAGCUUCCUGUACUCCCAUUGAGACUCUAAGCAGAAACGACGCAGUAGAUGUUACAUUUAGUCUUAAAGGGCUCUACAAUGACACCAAAGCUUUCCUGGAUGAAAAUUUGCUGAGAAAUGCUGAAGACAAGGCCACAUUACAAGCCGCCCUGGAUGCCAUGAAUGAACAGUUUGAAAAGCUUUCUGAGAUCGACUGGAUGUGUCCAAUUCUUGCUCCAGAGGAAAAGUCUUCAGACAUGGACAGUAGGAGCCUGAGGUUGAAAGGUCAGUUCCCCAAAUUGGGGAAGAAGAAACUAGAAGAGGAAGACAGGCGUAAGUCAGGCCGAGGAAUCCAGGGAUUUUUUGGUAAUUUAUGGCAUCGCCGAAAUCGCGAAUAUCAAGCAACUGAUGAUGAGCCUCCAGCACCAUCAAGAUUUCUGUUGUAG